AUGCAAAACAUUAAUUACCAAGAGAGUAAAUUUUUAGUUUGAAUGCUUUAGAAAACAUCUCCUUAAAGAUGUCAAGUAUUAUGGAUAUCUACUGCCAAACCAAUUGAUUCUAGCUACAGUAAAAUGUUUACUUAUAAAUAAUAGGUUAAAUAGUCAUAGACACCUAAAUAUAAUGUGCCUUUAUUAUUAACUACUUUAAUACAUUUUAUCUCUUAAUAGCAUUCAUAAGAGACUGAAUAGUUUGGUUUUUUAUAUAAAGAACAAUUCAAAUAUUUUUAUGCGAACCCAAAUAUCAUAUUAUAACUUAAAGAACUUUUGGCUUGCAAAGUUAUGUUUAAAGAAAUUAGUGAUUUCUAUUAUCCAAUAAGUAUGUUGGGAGAGGAGGUUCUUCAAGAGUAUAACAUUGAUUUACCGUUUAGGUUUAUUUAGUGAUGAAAAAGGGCUCUAAAGAUUAAUAUGCUUCGAAGUGCGUUGAUAAACGAUACUUAAUAGAAGAUGGAGGAUUUGUAAUCAUUUGAAUAUAAACAUAGAAUCGAUUAUUUAAUGAGAUAUAACUGAUGUAAAAGAUGAACCAUCCAAAAAUAAUACACUUAGAAGAACUUUUUGAAGGAGAAAAUAAAUUUUAUUUGAUUUUAAAGUAUUUAUAAGGUUAGAGUUUACAUGAGUCAUUCAAUAAGAGAUAAGUUAUUUUUGAAUAGGAAUAAAUAUAAACUAUUAUGUUUGUAAAAGAAUUUGUUAAUUUUAGUAACUCUUGACAGCGCUUUAGUAUAUGCAUUCUUUAGGUAUUAUGCAUAGAGAUUUAAACCCUGAAAAUAUUAUGUUUAAAUAUCAAAAUACUUAUGAUGAAUUAAAAGUUGUCGAUUUUGGAUUAGCAACAUCAAUAUAUGCUGAAACUUAUCCUUAUCCUAAAUGUGGAACUUCUGGUUAUGUUGCUCCUGAAAUUGCUAAUCUUAAAGAUUUAAAUUAAAAAUAUGAUUUGAUUUGUGAUAUGUUUAGUGUUGGUUGUAUCUUCUAUAAAUUGUAAAUAGAGUUUUAUUAUUUAGAUUGACAGGUAAAGAGUUAUUUCCAGGAACAGAUUAUAAAGAAAUAUUAAAAUUAAAUAAAAAGUGUUAAAUCAAUGAUGAACUUCUUACUUUAUAUAGAGCACCAAAGGAAGCUAUAGAAUUGAUUGCUUAAUUAUUAAAGAUUAAUCCAAAAGAAAGAAUAUCAGAUUAAGUAGCAUUACAACAUAAUUAUUUUUAAUCAAAAUUUUAAACUAAAAGAGGUAAAUUUUAAUAAAAUAACAAUAAAUACACACCAGCGUUUUAAACUCAAAAUUUUCAUCCAAAAGAUAAUCAUUAAUAAUAAAAUUUUCAUUAGGAAGAUGAUAUAGUUGAAGAAGAAAAUGCUUAUUCUCUUAAAGUACCUGUAAUGCAAAAUAUGAAAACCUUUGGUCAAUUUGUUUGUAAAAUAAAAUAAUAAGUUACACCGACUUUGGCAAGAAGAAACUUUAAAAAAUUUUACACUUCAGACUUUAAUUCAGCAUUAUCCCCAAACUCACCUAAUCCAUUAUUAACUGAAAAUAAACCAUCUUUAAUUAUCAAUUCAUAAAAUUAAGAAUUGGUUAAUGAAAUUAAUACAAAAAAUGAGCAUUAAAUUAAUUAAAUGGGCUAAAUAAAUGAAGAAUAAGAAGAUUAAUUAUAAUAAAAUAUGUGA